UCAGUGUCGUUCAGCCCAACGGGGUGUGUUAUACUGGUUUUUAGCUCGUUCUCUGUUCAACUGCCUUUUCAACCAUGGUUAUCCUGCCUGUACUCUUCCUUCUUGCAGCGUUGUUUAUCCCAAACGGAUAUGGUAUCAAAUGAAACGUUUGUCAAGCAUACAGUACGGGUCCAAACAGUUGUAAGUCCCCAACCCAGGUUACCUGUCAAGCCCCCAAUGACCGAUGCUUUACAUUCCGUACCAUGAUGGAGACGCCGGGUCCAGAUGGAGCAAUGAUGAAAAUGACCAUGGAAACGCGGAACUGUAUAAUAGGAGGCAUGAUGUGUACUGAAGCCGCCCAACAGCAGAUGUGUCAGGAACCUAGAAUAAAAUCAUGCAACAUGAGCUGCUGUGCAGGAGACUUAUGCAACGAUGGUUCUAACCCUCCAGGUAGUGGGGUGACACCUUCUAAACCAGCAUCUAACGUAUCACUGUCGUGUUACGAAUGUAGUCCUGAGGGAAUGGGUCCAAACGGUACGGCUACUCCUUUGAUCAGCUGCAGCGCACCAAAACAAAAAAAAUGCGGUGAGAUUGCUCCAGGUAUGCCAUUUGACCGUUGUAUGACUGUCAAGAUAUCAGUCAAGAACCCAAUGACAGGGGCCCUUAUUGAACAAGAAUCCAGAAACUGUUCAGUGUCUUCGAUGUGUUCUGGCAACAUGCUCUGUAACAGCAUGAACAGCACAGGAGCUAUCACUAAAUGUAAUGUUCAGUGCUGUGAAGGUAGUCUAUGUAACACGGGCGUGCCUCAGACAACUACUGUCCCUUACGGCGGGAAUCAGACAACUACUGGCCCUUCUCCAUCCGGUCCUAAAGGGGGUCAGACACCUUUAGCUGUUUCUGGCAUAUUAACCUUCAUUAACAUCUUUAUGGCUUUGAUUUUCAAGUAGAUCUGCCGUCAUUGACUGUAUCGUAUCUAAGCUUCUAUUAAUUAAUGUAGUUAGAAUCAAACGUAGGGGAAUUAGGGUCCAACUAUAGAUGAAACACCUUUGUGACUUAGGGUUCUACUAUAGGUGAAACACCUUUAUGACUUAGGGUCCUACUAUAGGUGAAACAUCUUUGUGACUUAGGGUCCUACUAUAGGUGAAACAUCUUUGUGACUUAGGGUCCUACUAUAGGUGAAACAUCCUUGUGACUUAGGGUCCUAUUGUAGGUGAAACACCUUUGUGACUUAGGGUCCUAUUAUAGAUGAAACACCUUGGUGACUUAGGGUCCUAU